AUGUUCGCCGCACGCAAGGUCUCGCAGUCCGUGCUGGGUGGUGCCUUCCAGCGCAGAGCUUUCUCUGCCACAGCCGCCGACCUCUCCAAGGUCGUCGUCCUCGGUGCCGGUGGUGGUAUCGGCCAGCCGCUGUCCCUCCUCCUCAAGCUCAACCCACGAGUCACUGAGCUUGCACUUUACGACAUCAAGGGCGGCCCAGGUGUUGCCGCUGAUGUCGGCCACAUCAACAUGAAGAGCACUGUCACUGGCUACGAGCCAACGCCAGAGGGUCUCGCUGCUUGCUUGAAGGGCGCUGAGAUCGUUGUCAUCCCAGCUGGUGUUCCACGCAAGCCAGGCAUGACCCGUGAUGACCUGUUCAACACCAAUGCCUCGAUCGUCCGCGACCUCGCAAAGGCUGCCGCCCAGCACUCCCCAGACGCCAACAUGCUCAUCAUCUCCAACCCAGUGAACAGCACCGUCCCAAUUACCGCUGAGGUCUUCAAGAAGGCCGGUGUCUACAACCCAAAGAAGCUCUUCGGUGUGACCACCCUUGACGUCGUUCGCGCAUCACGAUUCAUCUCUCAGAUCAAGAACACCGACCCAGCGAACGAGAACAUUGUCGUUGUUGGUGGACACUCUGGCGAGACCAUUGUCCCACUCCUCAGCCAGUCUGGCCACGAUCUCCAGGGUGCUGAACGCGACGAGUACGUCAGGCGCGUGCAGUUCGGUGGUGACGAGGUCGUCAAGGCUAAGGAUGGUGCUGGUUCCGCUACCCUCUCCAUGGCCAUGGCCGGUGCCCGCUUCACUGAAUCGCUCCUCAAGGCCGCUCAAGGCCAGAAGGGCGUUGUUGAGCAGACCUUCGUUGACUCGCCUCUCUACAAGGACCAGGGCGUCACCUACUUCUCAUCCAGCGUUACCCUCGGACCAAACGGUGUUGAGGAGAUUCACCCAGUUGGCAAGGUCAACGAGUACGAGCAGGGUCUCCUCGACAAGUGCCUCAAGGACCUCAAGGGCAACAUCGAGAAGGGUGAGAAGUGGGCACAGAGCAACCAGUAG